ACUGUGUUGGCUGCUAUUUAUUAACAGUGCAAUGUCAGAACUUGAAGAAUACCAGACAUAUAUCAUCCACUUGGACCAUUCUCAGAAGCCAGAGUCUUUCAUAACCCACGAGUCAUGGCACCACUCCAUUUUAAACUCGUUGUCUCCAGCUGAUGAAGCAGAAAUGCUACUCUACUCGUACAACCAUGUCAUGCACGGUUUCAGUGCCAGGCUCACACCCUCUCAUUUAUCUGAACUCGAGAAAUCUCCAGCUCAUCUUGCCACAUACCCAGAGACCUUUGGCAAGUUAUUCACAACCCACACACCCAAGUUUCUUGGAUUACAGCAUAACUCUGGCAUAUGGCCAGUUGCUUCAUAUGGUGAAGGUGUGAUCAUAGGAAUUUUAGAUACCGGAAUCUGGCCGGAGAGCGAGAGUUUUAGUGACAGCGGUAUGCCAUCGAUCCCACAGAGAUGGAACGGCAAGUGUGAGAAUGGUACAAUAUUUAGCUCUUCUGACUGCAACAGGAAGCUCAUCGGUGCUCAAUCUUUUAGCAAAGGGAUUAAAGCUGCAGGACUAAAAAUCUCCAAGACGUAUGACUUUGACUCGCCAAGAGACUUCGACGGUCAUGGGACACACACAUCCUCCACAGCUGCUGGUAACCAGGUAUUAGGUGUAAGUCACUUUGGAUAUGCAAGAGGAACAGCCAGAGGAAUAGCACCAGGUGCUCACGUUGCUAUGUACAAGGUCCUCUGGGCAAGAGACACAGACGCGAGCGCAGCAAGUGAUGUGCUUGCAGGCAUGGAUCAAGCAAUUGCGGAUGGUGUUGAUAUUAUGUCAUUGUCUAUUGGAUUUGACCAGACACCGUAUUUCAAAGAUGUCAUUGCCAUUGCUUCCCUUUCAGCAAUCGAGAAAGGCAUUUUUGUUGUCUGUGCUGCAGGGAAUGCUGGAGCUAGAAACUCAAUAAUCAAUGGAGCUCCUUGGAUCACAACCGUGGGAGCUGGCACAAUUGACCGGAGUUUUACUGCAACUGUGACUCUAGAAAAUGACUCAGAUUUUGAAGGUAUAUCUUACUUUCCACAGAGCAUUUACAUUACCAAUGCUUCUUUAUAUUAUGGCAAAGGCAAUAUAAGCAAAGCAGUAUGCAACCAUAAAGCAUUGGACUCAAAUGAAGUUGCUGGAAGGGUAGUCCUUUGUGAUUAUAGCCGGAAAUUUGAUAUUGAUGAACAAUUACGGGAGGUUAAUAGGUCAGGCGCAUUUGCUGGGAUUAUUUUGUCAAAUACAUCAUAUCUAUUUCCAGAUGAUUUCGUCAUUCCCAGUGUGAUUCUGCAUACUGAUUCUGGAACAAAAGUUAGGGAGUAUGCGACACGAGAGAAAGGAGCAAAGAUCAAAAGUAUGAGGUUCCUAAUAACAAAAUUGGGUACUAAACCAGCGCCUCAAGUGGCCUUCUUCUCUUCAAGAGGACUGAAUCCAAUCAGCCCAAGUGUACUAAAGCCAGAUAUUCUGGCUCCAGGAGUCGAUGUGCUGGCCGCAGUCACACCCAACGUGCCAUUCAUCACAAUUGGAAACUACGAUUUGGUAUCAGAUUAUGAACUAGACUCAGGCACGUCAAUGGCAACUCCCCAUGUUGCCGGAGUUGCAGCUUUACUAAAAGCCGUCCACUGGGAGUGGAGCCCAGCAGCCAUUCGAUCAGCUAUAAUGACAACAGCAUAUUCCAUCGACAACACUGGUAGUAUUUUGAAAGAUGAAACAACUGGCCUUCCUGCCACACCUCUGGAUUUUGGGGCAGGCCAUAUAGAUCCAAACAAAGCCAUGGACCCCGGACUCAUCUAUGACAUGGAUUUUCAAGAUUAUAUUGAGUUCCUAUGUGGCCUAAGAUAUAACCAAAAUCAGAUGAAAGCUGUCAUUCGACGACAUCAUUGGAACUGCAGCAAACAGCAUACUGACCUCAAUUAUCCUUCUUUUAUUGCCACAUUUACCAAUGAAACCAUGAAGAGCUUUAGCAGGAAUGUCAAAAACGUGGGAGACCCAGAUUCAGUGUACCAUGCAAAUUUGGAGUUUCCUACUGGGAUGAGAAUCACAAUAGAGCCGAGCACUUUAACAUUCACUCAAAAAUAUCAGAAGCAGAAUUUUAUUUUGAGUGUAGAGAUUGGCAUAAAAGCUCCAAGGGUGAUUUAUGGUUUUCUCAAAUGGAUUGAUCAGCAUAAUCAUACUGUAUCAAGCCCCAUAGUGGCCAUUAAAACCUAGCUAAAUCACAUUCAUUCUUACAAUCUCAUGAUUUGUGAAAUGAAUUUGCUUGCUAGUUUUUAUAAUAAUCUGCAUCAAUAACUUGUAUCGUGUACCAAAAUCAAGGGUUAUAAAAUAUAUUGUAAUCUUAUCCUAUUCCUAUAUAGUUAGAUGCAGCGACCUCUUCAUGAGUUGA